CAAAUAACGUAAUUCCCGGCCGUCCCGCGCACCCGGUCGUCCCGCGCACCCCAUCUAAAUUCGCGUCGUCCGACCAACCUCCCUACUUCAACCACCUACUAUGCCACCAAUUCGCAGUCAAUCAAGCCAUAAAUUGGCCAAUCAAGAGGGCAAGAUCUUGUUAGCCCUAUCCGAUUUGAAAGAAGGCCGAAUUCAAUCUCUUCGCGCAGCAGCUAGGCUAUACGACCUGCCUGAAACAACACUACGUGAUCGCGCGCAUGGUACCCAAUCGCGCGUUGAUCACCGCCCAACUGGCCAUAAACUGACCCAAUUAGAAGAGGAUUCGCUUGUUGAAUGGAUAAUCUCUAUGGAUUCACGUGGAGCAGCACCAAGGCCCUCUACAGUGCGAGAUAUGGCUAAUAUCCUACUGGCUGCGCGUGGUAACCAGCUACCAACUACCGUUGGUAAGAAUUGGCCAUCUACCUUCAUUAACCGCCGCCCUGAGCUUCGUACACGCUUCUCGCGAAGAUACGAUUACCAAAGAGCCCUAAACGAAGACCCUAAAUCAAUUCGGAAGUGGUUCGCGACCGUACAAAGCGUGAUUGACGAGAACGGUAUACAACCAGAGGAUAUCUACAACUUUGAUGAGACAGGCUUUGCAAUGGGCCUUAUAUCUUCGCAGAAAGUAGUCACAAGGGCUGAAUACUACGGUCGGAGAUCUCUUCUACAACCAGGAAAUCGCGAAUGGGUUACUGCGAUCGAAUCAAUCUGCGCAGACGGCUAUCCACUUCCGCCAUGUAUAGUCUUUAAAGGCAAAGUGGCUAUUGCAGGAUGGUUUGACGAAAUCCUACCGAAAGACUGGCGAAUCGAGGUCUCAAAGAAUGGCUGGACUACCGAUGAGAUUGGCCUACGCUGGCUAGAAAAGCACUUUAUCACACACACGAAUUCGCGCGUACGAGGUCGGUUUCGGCUAUUAAUUCUUGACGGUCAUGGUAGCCACCUUACGCCCCAAUUCGACCGAAUCUGUACAGAAAACGAUAUUAUACCACUUUGUAUGCCUGCUCAUUCAUCGCAUCUACUACAACCACUAGAUGUUGGGUGUUUUGCGGUGGUUAAGCGUGCGUACGGUCGGUUCGUUAGCGAUCUUGCGCGCAGAGGAUAUAACCAUAUCGACAAGCACGAUUUCUUAAUGGAUUAUCAGCACGCGCGGCUAGAAGCCUUCCAAUCAACCAAUCCCACUAUCAAAAACAGCUUCGCAGCUAGUGGGCUAGUACCAUUAGAUGCCGAAAGAGUGCUUAACAAGCUUAAUAUCUCUCUACGAACACCGACACCACCAAGCAGCCGGCCAAGCAGCAGAUCUAGCGAAUUCACACCACGGACGCCUAGAACGGCCGCUCAGCUAUUAAGCAAGCUUCUAUGUUAAAAGAUCUACUAAAGCGGCGGUCAAAUAGCCCUCCGAGCCCAUCAAAAGAGAUGUUAGACCAGAUAAUCAAGGGGUGCGCUCUAGCGCUACACGGCGGUGCUUUACUAGCAGAGGAUAUCACGAAUCUACGUAUGGCGAAUGAGAAGAUGGUCAAAAAGCGCAAUCGGUCAACUAGAAGGAUACCCUGCGCAGAGGGUUUAACCAUUGAAGAGGCUAUACAGCUAGCUGAGCAGCUAAACCAGCCAGAGGAAGACGAUAGGGUAGAUUCGCAUGCAGAGGUCGAAUUACCUAUUCAGGCAGAUCCCCCACGUACUAGGGCACCUCCUCGGUGUAGUGGGUGUAGGGAAAUUGGUCACAGGAUUAAUGUAUGUAAAAAUCGCUAUAUCUAGUUAAAUUAAUGGGUGUUGGUUGAGAUACUCAACUUUGA